AUGACUAAGCUUUAUGAUGUUAUCACUGCUUACACUGUACCGAUUUUUCUUAUCACAUACAUUAUACUGUUUGGUUUAACCACCAAAGAAGAAAGUUUAUCAGCUGAAUUAUCCUAUGUUGAUGUAUGGAUUGGGUUAACAGCGUUUUGGUAUACCGUUGAAUUACAUGUAAUAUUUGCAACUUUAUUCCGCAUUUAUACAAAUAACAGAGGACGCGUGAAGCCACCGCCGAGUUAUGAGAAAGUGCUUGAAAUGGACAAACAAGCAAAAAAAUCAAAGCCACCAACUUAUGAAGAAUCACAAUCUGUUUAUACCAUAUUAAACUUGGAAAGUUUAUCACAGACUGUAGCACAACAGAAUGCUGAUCGCGAACUUUCAGCAAGCGUCGUUUGA